AUGUCCACCACAUCACCUCCGCACAACCGCAGCCGAAGUGAGGAUGAGGACGAGGACGACCCAAUCGACCGCAUGAUCUCACGCACUGGUUGUGGCGAGCUUCACUAUGCUGUCCAGGAAUGCAUGGCGGAGCACCAGGGGCCUCAUGACUGGCGCAAGUGCCAAAGUCAAGUCCAGAAGUUCAAAGACUGCAUGACAAGCUUUCAAAACUCAAGGAAAGAACAGCUCAAUAAGCAUCAGCAUGACUCCGCCAAGUCGGCACAUAACUGAACA